AUGGGGAUCCCAACCUCACAGCGGAUAGACCGGACUCGUGGGGAUGGUUUAUACGAAGACAGGGCGAUACACAGUAAAUCAGGGUAUACGAUUGCCCAAGAAGCUAUGGAUGCUGACAACAUGAUACAGUUUGGUCCAGACGUGCGUCGUCUUCAGGCACAAGCAUGGAAAAUUCCUUGCACCCAAAAACUUCAACAUUUCCUAUGGCAAAUCUUAACGGGGUGUAUAUCAGGUGGGAGCACGUUAAGGAGUCGUGGUUUGGGCUUAUCCCCAAUCCCAACAGCUGUCAACCGGUUUCCAACAGAAGGUCUCUUCACGAAUAUGGCACACCUAUUCUGGAAUUUACCGGACGAUGAUAGGAUGAGGAUGUAUCCUUGGUUAAUUUGGUUCAUAUGGAAAGCCCGUAACGAUAAGGUUUUCUCUAACGGGGAUUGGGAUCCCAUAUGA